AUGACUUAUAAAACAAAUUGUCAUGGCAUGGUAUUAUCAAUGUUUGUAGGAUUUAAUCAUAAUCAUUACAAUAUACUUCUCAUGCAAGCUUUAUUAUCAGAUGAAAGCAUGGAAUCUCAUGUUUGGAUGUUUAAAGAAAUAUUAAAAGCAACUGAUAAGCAGCCAGCUGUUAUAAUAACUGACACAGAUCUCACAGUAGAUUCUGCAGUUCACCAAGCUAGUUCUUAUCUUGAAGUAUUAUAUCACAACAAGGCCUAUUGGGCCCACUGUUUUAUAUGUUUUAAAUUCACUGGUGGUAUGAUAUCAUCUUCCCACAUAGAAUCAGUGAAUGGGUGCUUAAAACGAUUAUUAUAUAGUUCAAACAUUUCUUUAUAUGAAUUAAUGAAUGAAAUUCAUCGUCUUUUGGAUUUUCAAGACAAAAAAGAAGAAUAUAUCUUUUGGAAAUUAUCUGUCUCUUGUAUUAGAAGUCAAAACAAAACAAAUUUCCUUUUUAAAAAAAUCGAUAUAUGUUUAGAAAAAAUUCUUAUGCCUAUUAUAUUACAAAAACAACAUGCCAAAAUUAACUAG